CUAUCAUAUCAUCAUCCAUCGGUCAAUCAACAUUGUAUUAUUAUACCAUUUUCUGGUUGAUUUGAUUAUAAUUUGGAGAUUGUAUACAUUUUUAAAUUGUUAAUUACAAGCAACGAUCACGAUGCUUCCCCGGAAGAGAAAGUCUGAGGUGGAUGCUGAAAUAGCGACUACCGGGUCUGAUAAGGAGAAUCAGACUGCUGCUGCUGCAUCAGCACCAGCACCAGUGCAAGUGAAUUCAUCUACGAAGAAAACCUGUGAUGAGUUUCGCAAAGAGAUACGCGAGUUCAUUGCGUCGGGGGAGAUGGACGCGGCUGAGUUUCAACGCGCUAUUGACGUGUCACCGCGGUCGUAUUCGGAGUUCUUGAUCAGGAGGGAACGGAGAAAGGGGCCAGUGCCGGCAGAGGCAUCCGCACCAGUAUCAGCACCUGCAUCAGCAUCGGCAACGGCAUCAGCAUCAGCAUCAGCACCAGCAUCAGCACCAGCCCCUGCUAAAAAAGCAAAGAAGAAUCCGGCACCCGCACCCGGUUUCGAUGUUUCGGCAAUCCAUCUGGACGGGGACGAGGAUAUGAAGGUGCCAAUCUUCGACACAUGCGAUGUGGUGAGAAAAAAGAUGAAGGCACAUCUUCGCAAACCCGGGUUCACGCAGGCGGGCUUCUUGCGAGAUAUCGCCAAGGCGGCAUUCCCCCAGAGCGUCAAGAGGUUGAAUUCUAAGUCCAUGGCGGAUUUCUUGGCGUAUAAGGGGCCGACCACCGGCAGUUCUGGGGUCAUUUUCUAUGCGGCGUAUGUGUUCUUCGAGAAGUUGAGGGUGAGGGACGGCAAACCGAAAAAUGACUUUCGACUGGAGAUGGAGAAGAUCUGGCCCAGGGGAUUUGAGCGCGAUAAUCCGGCUAAUGGGAGACUGUGGUGUGGUCCGCAUGAGAGACCUUGGAUUGACAAGUAUGGGCGGGUGCAGUUCCGGUAA